CUCAGAGCAGCCAGGUGAGUGUCAGCAGGCAAACUGCAACUGAAGCACUGAGAGGAUUUAUCAUUAACGACAUUACACGUACAGCCACAGAGCGUGCAGGUGUGUGUUGGACAGUAUAAGAGUCAUUUAGUAUUCAAGUGUGUCCAUCAGUAUAGACAGAUCUCCAGAUUCCUGUCUUAACUCACCAAGUCUAGGCUGUAGGGAAAAGAGAAGAGGAAGACUGCAGAGAACAGAAUUAGUGAAAAGCAAAAGAAGAGCAGGGAUUGAGGAAGUAAACAUGGAGGUGUGGAGCAGCUCGGGCACGGAGGACAGUGAGCGAGAGAGCAGCAGCAGUCAGGGCGAGGAAGACGAGGAGCCUGAGGAGGAAGAGGAGCAGAGCACGGAGGGUUUGUGCAGAGAGCUGGUGCAAGUGUUGUGCUCAGAGAGAGUGGGCCAGGUCACUAAGACGUACCAUGACAUUGAAGCUGUCACACAUCUUUUGGAGGAGAAAGAGCGGGACUUGGAGCUAGCAGCAAGAAUUGGCCAGUCACUGCUCAAACAGAACAAAGCCUUGACAGAACGCAACGAGCUGCUGGAUGAACAGCUGGAGAUUGCAAAGGAAGAGAUUGCUCAGCUGCGUCAUGAGCUCUCCAUGCGAGAUGACCUUUUGCAUCUGUAUGCCAGCUCUGAAGAAAUAGAAACUGCUGCAGAGUCACGCUCACCGAUCAGACGCAAUGAGUCAACUUCUUCUCUCAGUAACUACAUCCAUUACGACUUCCUGCAACAGAAACUCAAGGGUCUGGAGGAAGAGAACCUUAAACUACGCACUGAGGCCAAUGAGCUAACAUCUGAGACCAACAGCUAUGAAGAGCAGGAGCAGCAGCUGAUGAUGGUGUGUGUUGAAGAGCUCUCAUCGGUGAAUAAGCAGGUGGUGGCUCUGUCGGAGGAACUGGCCCGUAAGGUGGAGGACUCUCUGCGGCAGCAGGAGGAGAUCAGCUCUCUGCUGGGGCAGGUUGUGGAUCUGCAGCAGCGGUGUAAAGGGCUAGUGAGAGAGAAUGAGGAACUGACCCAGCACUUGAAUGCAUCGCGAGAAAGCCAGUCACAGCUCAAAACAGAGCUGAAGGACCUGCAGGAGAGGUACUCGGAGUGUCAAGAGAUGCUUCGGGAGGCCAGAGAGGACAUAAAGAACCUACGCAACAAGAGCCUGCCCAACAGCACAGUGCAGCGCUACAGCUCCCUGGCUGCUGUCUUUCCCAUGGACUCACUUGCUGCUGAGAUUGAAGGAACGUUCCGCAAAGGCCUGGACAGCCCUGCUCCCUCAGAGUACAAGACCCAUCCUUGGCGUGUGUUUGAAACGGUGAAAGUGGCCAACCAAGCUGCUCGGCUGCGCUCUCUGUGCCAGUCCCCCCAAGUUCCUGGUUCUAACUCUGCCUCCUCACGGUCCAGUCGAACCAGCACACCACGCACCAGCUACUACGGCUCUGAUUCAGUCAGCCUCAACCUGGAGGACAAACCUCCCUCUGCAACACCAUCACAGGAGCAGAGCAGCGUGGAAUCCAAGCGUCUGGGGCAGCCGGGUACUCCAGGUGGUCAGGAUCUGGAAGAGGCGAUUCGUACACUCUCUGCACGACAGGAGAGCCAUUCUUCUGAACGGCCAUUCUUUGAGGUGGAGCGGGAGAGAAAGCUGAGGGCGCUGGGGGGCAGUGGCAGUGGCAGCACAGGUGGAUCAAGUGGCUUCCUCACACCCAACGACAGCCUGUGCUCCACGGGAACCAACUACUCAGGCAGGUCCCAGCAUUCUUCCGGCUCAUCCAGCUCCCGCUCCUACCUGCCCGAACGUCUACAGAUAGUCAAACCACUGGAGGGUUCAGUCACCCUGCACCACUGGCAGCAGCUGGCAAAGCCCAACCUGGGGGGCAUCCUACACCCACGGCCAGGCAUCCUCACCAAAGACUUCAGGGAGCUGGAUGUGGACCUCCAGCAUGUUUAUAGCCUCAAUGACCUCGAGGAGGACGAACCUGAUAUGUCCAAACUCCCCAACCCCAAUCUUCACACUAUGGUCAAUUCACCUGGUCCCAACCUCCCUCACACCUGUCCCACCCACACCAUUACCAACUGCCAGGCCCUUCAUCCCUCUCUCCUGCUGUCCUCCUUCUCCACUGGCCUUCACCCUCACAGCGUGUCCGCUUGUGGGAGCUGUGAGCAUGUAAAGACCUCACCGGAUCUCCAACAGUGCUCCACGUAUCCUGGUUUCUUUCAUAGGACCGUCAUGUCUACGACACCUUCACUUGGUCUCCUCCAGCUGCUUAAUGACAGAGGCAUCUCUGCUUUAACUCAACCCAGCAUACCUUCCAUCUUAGGGGGACAUCCUACCAGCACAGCUUUAAAGGAUAAGGGACAUGGAGAAGAGGAACGCAAGAGGAACAUUUUCAGCUUCAACCUGGUUGAGAAGCUUCAGAGCCUUGGUCUUCAUAAAGUGGUGGCCAGAGGAUUCAUAGACUCAGGAAAGGAGGAAAGACAGUCAAAAAAUCCUCCCCCGAAAUAACACUAAAAGCUGGAAUCCAACGUAACCUCUACUUGAUGUACCCGUCUUCCAUGUCGUGUCCUGCAGAUCCAGUUUUUUAUCCAGCCUGUUCCUCACUGGACACGUUAAAAGCCAUAGACAUGUGGAGUUAGACUUGUAGUAGGUACCUCUACUUUAGAUUAUGAAUUAAUUGGAGAACAUUUGUUUUUCAAGGAUGUCCUGCUGAACAUAUGCAGUGCUGACAAAAACUGAUUUGGAUCUGGAGAUCCAACUUCAAGGCAUUUUAAUAUUCUAAGACACAUAUAAGAUAUGUUUUUAUGUUGCCGUUUUAAUUUGCGUGUUUUAAACACUCAUCAAAAGGGAAUAACUGUUCUGUCAUUAUUAUUUAAGAGCUUUUUUGUUGUUCGUUUAACUUUGUGUACUGGUCACCACCAUCAUAUCACCAUGUGUCUUGACGUAUAUGAGCACUACAUAUUAUUUAUUAGUGUCAGUGUAGAGAAAUAUGCUGAAUCUUCAUAAUGUACUGCAUUACCUUUAAAGCCAGUGACCUCUGAUUGGUCUUUGUACAGAAAAUGAAUUGUGACUGCUUGUGAGCUACUUAUUAGCUGUUUUCAUGACAAUCUGUGCAUGUAUUCUUGCUCUUAGAAAUGCUGGAUCUUCUGAGCAUAUUGUUCAGUAUGUCUAGUUGGAAAUUUCACAAUAUUUUAUAUAGCGGCUUUUAGAACCCAUUUAAGUUCCCCAUAACAUACAAAGCUUGUUCACAGACUGUAAAGGUGCUUCAAAGUAUACCUGAAGCUACUAUAACUGACCAGAAACUUGUGAUUGUAUUGUUUUCACUGCUAUUUAAGUCACACUGCUGUAUAAUGGCAUGCUGUACACACAUGAAGAGAUUUAUCACAGUUGUUAGCACCAUGUCAAAUGUUUUGCACAUGCAGAUUCAGCAAUAGAUUCGUUGUAUUGGAGCAUUUUAAAUACCUCAUCCAGUCACAUGCUCCCUUGUUCAUUUUGCUCCAGUUGAACAGUUGUACUUGUACUGAGUGCUGUAUUAAGUCUGUGUAUGACACAUGCCAUUUCAAAAGGCACCUUUUUUUCACUGUUGCCAGUCUGGUUUGUCUGCGCUGUGCAGUCAAGUGAUUGUCUCGCACCAAAAUCCAUUAGUAAUGAUGCAGUACUUUACAGGGCUCUCUGUAUUAAUGCUCUGUAGAAGUAACUGCAGAUAAGUCUUGUGUCAGUUGCUGUUAAAGGGGAAUUCCACCAAUUUUUCAAAAGCUCUGUAUAAUGCAAUUGUAUGUAAGCAAGCUAAAUCAGAGUGUGUUUAUAUGGUGCAAGAAACUUGUAGAGAAUUUACAGGCUCUGUUUUCUUUACAAUGGUGGUGAUAGGAACUAGUGGUUGCGAUGUCUACAACUCAAAUAUAGCCAUUUUUGUAGUAUCCAACAUGACUACUGGAUCUACAUGUCUUCGUAAUUUUUAUAUGUAAUAUUGAUAAUUAGAAAAAUAGUGGUAAAUCUGAAAAAAGUAUUUUUUUACUAUUUUGACUGCAUGUAUCUCCACCAUGAACGAAUUGGAAAAAAACAAACAUUACAUUUUAGACCAGAACCCUAUGUCAAAACUGUAAAGCUUUCUGUGAGUAACCUUUAGAGGCGUUAAAUGCUUUAGACAUCUGGUUCCUAUCACUAUACUUGGCAAGUUCUCAAUUCUGACUUUGUAUGUUUCUCUAGAAGGUCGCAUUUCAUACCAAAUCACUCCAAAUAAGUCGUAAUGAUUUAAUUAUGCAGUACAAUUCCCCUUUAAGUGCCAGAUUUACUACAUGCAACUCUACCCUUAAAUGAAGCAUUACAUAUUAGGGUUCUACAACCAAAUUGUGUUUUUAAUACUAUCAAAGAUAUUCUUUGGACAUCACAGUUUUUGCCAUUUUUCUACACACCCAAAUCCCUCUCCCUCUGCUUCAUAUAAUAUUUUAUAUGUACACAUAUCAUUCAAAUAAGAUGUGAAAGAGUUUUGAUAAAAAGAUUUGGAAUAUGGGAAUUCAGCAAGCAGAGAGUAAAAGCAAAAAAAGGUGUUGGCCUAAAUGAUAGGUUGCAGAUUGAGUGUGAAUGAUUUUGCUUUUGUAAGAUGGAAUAUAUGAGAAGUAACAGAGGGGAGAAGCUCUGAAAGAAUAAUGUGGUUUUGAAAAGGAUAUAAAGGUGAAACAUUUAUAUCACUAUAGGAGAAAAGAAAGUAAACUGAAAAAACUCACAAGCCACACCUUAUCACUGCAUUAUCAUUUUCUGUAAGUAAUCAGUAAUUGACAUGGGUAGAAAAAGGAUCAAAUUGGCCAGCACUGAAUAAUGAUGUACUUUAUCAUUAUUAUUAUAAAUGUACUUUUUGUGUUAUUGUGUCCUCUGUAAAGACAAGGUCACUAUUGCUUGUCAGUGAUUAAAUGGACCAUUUUAUGUAAUGAUACAACGUGAGUUUGAACGAGUGCUAUGUACAGUACUGUAGCAUAUGUAAAUGAAUGUUUCUGUACAUUUUCAAUAAACACAAGCAUUUGCCCUGCA